UUCAAGUUUCUACAUUUUAGCUAGGUACAAGCCGGCCAUGGACGGCCGGCGUCACGAGUGCAAUGACCAGAAUAACAACUACUUUGGUUUAAAAGGGCAUGCGACUCCAUUAAUAAUGAAGAAGCUCGACUGAGUUUCGGAAAACUAUGGGAUUGUCUCCGAGUUGCUGUUGUUCAGAGAACACCGAUGAAGGGGUAACCGCAGUUUCUGGAGGCAAGAAUUCAUGGAGAAUAUUCACUUACAAGGAGUUGCAUGCAGCAACUAACGGAUUCAGCGAGGACAACAAGCUUGGAGAAGGAGGGUUUGGAAGCGUGUAUUGGGGAAAAACCUCCGAUGGUCUUCAGAUAGCUGUGAAAAAAUUGAAGGCAAUGACUUCGAAAGCCGAGAUGGAAUUUGCAGUGGAAGUUGAAGUUCUUGGGAGGGUUCGGCACAAGAAUUUGUUGGGUCUCAGGGGCUACUGCGCAGGAACAGAUCAAAGGCUCAUUGUCUAUGACUACAUGCCAAACCUCAGCCUGCUCUCUCACUUGCACGGCCAAUACGCUGGCGAAGUGCAACUGGAUUGGAAGAAGAGAAUGAAGAUUGCAAUUGGAUCUGCAGAAGGCGUCAUGUACUUGCACCAUGAAGUAACACCCCACAUUAUUCAUAGAGACAUAAAGGCCAGUAAUGUGCUUUUGGACUCAGAUUUCAAGCCAUUGGUUGCUGAUUUUGGGUUUGCGAAGCUUAUUCCAGAGGGUGUAAGCCACCUGACUACCCGUGUUAAGGGCACUUUGGGAUACCUAGCACCCGAAUAUGCCAUGUGGGGAAAGGUUUCCGAGAGCUGUGAUGUGUACAGUUUUGGAAUUCUUCUGCUAGAGAUUGUUACAGGAAGAAAACCAAUAGAAAAGCAUCCGGGAGGAAUUAAGAAGACAAUAACCGAAUGGGCCGAGCCAUUCAUAACCAAUGGGAAAUUCAAGGAUCUUGUUGAUCCAAAACUUCGGGGGAUUUUUGAUGAAUACCAGCUGAAACAAGCCAUCAGUGUUGCUGCCAUCUGUGUGCAGAGUGAGCCUGAAAAGCGACCUAACAUGAAGGAAGUGGUUAGCAUUCUGAAAGGGUUUGAGCCAAAAGGCAAGGUUGUGCCCAUGAGAAUUACAAGUGUCAAAUACAAGGAAGAAUUUAUGGCACUUGACCAAGCUAGUGAUGAUGAAGGUGGUGCUACUCCUCAUGAUUAUGGGGUUUUUAGCGCUUUGGAGCUGCGGAAAAUGGAAGAUCCUUAAAAGCACCGUGGAGAUCGGAGACUGACCAGAAACGUGCAGUGAACGAGUUGUAUUUGAUCUCUUGAUUUGCCAAUUUAAAGAUGCAUAUUUCUUUUUCCAUGGCAGGCGAAAUAGGGUGGGAAAAAAUUACAAGUGAUUGAAUGUGAAAGAAAACAUGAGCGAAUGCAUGUUUUGAUUUAUGUAUUUGAAGCUGAGA